AUUUGCCAAUUUUUUUGAGACGAAAACAAGCCGACUUAAAAGGCGAAGUUUUUCCACCCCCGCGCACCACUUGCACAGUCAGCCACGGCUAAUUCAUGAUGAAGAUCGCUGUGCUGGUUUCCCUUCUGCUCGUCCUGCGCGCCUUCUCGGCCCUGGAGACGGACCAGGAUGGCGUCUGCUCCCGGCAGCUCAACAACAGUCAGAACAUCACCGUGGUGGCGGCGCCUGGCGCCAAGGGCGAGCCGGGGACUGAGGGGCCGCAAGGACCGAAAGGUGAGCAAGGUGGGAACGCUCCCAGAGGCGCGCCAGGUAAGCUGGGACCGGCCGGACCGAGAGGUGACAAGGGAGACAAAGGUGAGCAGGGCCCGGCAGGUGAGAGGGGGGCACCCGGUACCAGCCCACCUGCUCCACCUGUCGUGGCGUUUUCCGUGGCGAGAACGUCCAGACUCGAAAAGUCCAGUCAGGAUACGGUAGUGACGUAUGACGUCGUCCUUACCAACGUGGGCGGGGCGUACAACCAGGAGACGGGGAAGUUCGUGACGGAGGUGGGAGGAGUCUACUUCUUCAUCUUCACCGGGAUGACACCUAGUGUAGCUCGUAAAACUUACUACCUUCGAUUAAUGAAAAAUGGAGAGAAAAUGGUUGGUCUGCACGAGCACAAUGGCUCACAAGCUAAUUCCCAGUCAAGCAGUAACAGCGCCAUCCUGCAGCUGCAGCCUGGGGACGAGGUUUAUGUUCUGCUGAUAGGUGGAUCGUACUCUCUAUACAGUAGCGGAAACAGAUAUCUCACGUUCUCGGGAUACCUUAUCCAUGCCGACUAAGCAACAACCCUAGAAACUGCCUUAUGCAGUGUCAAGUGGUGAAGCGGAUUUUAUUCCUUAUUACGGUCUUGUACUCAUUUCAUAGACAUCAAAUAUACCACGUUAUUCUUAUAUCAGACGCAUGAGGCUUUCCUAUAUAACCUAUAGAUGCAUAUAUGUUUAAGGACGAAUGUAAAACAUGGCUUGGUUUCUUACUUUUUAUGUGCCGCUUGCUAACACGAUUAUGAUGUUACUAGUUACUACGAAGGUUACUAGUAUUCAAUUUGUUGAACCUCAUCGCCAUAUAGAGAUGAAGAUUUGUUCCUUAAUGCGAUUAAGACUUCAAGACUUCAGCAAGUCUAUGUUUCAUCGAAGCUGAAGGAAACGUUACACCAGAACUUAUACAUGUAAAGGUUAGAGACAUUUUCUCGUGCGGUCAACAUUGACUGAAAAGCGCUAGCUGGCAUCCAACCAACACAAACGGAGCUCUUCCAUCGACAACAAAUAUCCAAGCCAAUUGCUCAGUGAGUCAAAAUGGAGAGCCAAUAUCAGUAACUUGGCAGAAUGUGCAAAAUCAUUAUCUCUAGCGCUGUUUCAGCCGAUAAAAAUAAUGAUAGCGAAAUCUAAUAAUGCAUUUUAUAUUUGAUAGUUAAUGUUUAACACGGUGGGUGUCCUAACAUCGGACGCUUUUUUUCACGCGCUCGAACUAUACGCUCUAUCGCUAAUUGUCAGAGAGUGGUCAGGUUUUGAUGAAUGAAUUUUGAAAGUAGUGGUGUAGAGAACAUACUUGAAUAAGAAAUGCAUCCAUAGUGUUCAUGAGCCGUUCACACUCCGCGUUACAAGUGACAAACGCUGUGAGACGUUUUCGUGAAUGUACAUCCGUGAAUGGCCGACGCUAGACAGUGUGCCCUAACUUCACAUGGUUUUGUAGUUUUGCUGUCUUCAGAAUUUAGUUAUAAACAGAAAUAAGAACUGAAUUCUAUGAUAUUUCAGCUUUCUUUUGAUGGUAAAAUUGCGAUUGUGGGUAUGAGGAGGGUUGUAUCGA